UGUCUACCACUGUCAUCUUUACUUUUUCAUCAUAAAUACUUUUCUCUUCACCAGUUUCUCUCUUUUACUUUCCCAAAUCCACUAACCAGUCAACUUCUUGGAACAUCAAACAAAAACAAAGGUCCCAAAACCCUAGGUUUGUUCAAAUUCAAAUCAAAUACUCUCUCUCUCUGAAUCUCUCUGAAAAAUUCCAUUACUUUAAUACUUCGAAAGAAUUUUAAAAACCUUUCUUCCUAGGAAACAUCUGAAGAAAAAUCUCUUCAUUUCUGUUUAAAAAUGGAAGAAAUUACUGUCUUCAUUCAUGGCAGAGAUUGUGAAAUCUGAGGAGGGUUUCUUCUGAGAAAGGGCAGAAGUGGCCCUUGUUGCUAAUUUGAGUAAAGGAUAUGAAGAAAUUGAUUGGGAGCCCAGGGACAUUGAGUGGAUUACUACUGAGAAUUGGGCAGGGUUUGUUUGCUGCUGCUUCUAUUGCUGCAAUGGCUUCUGCCUUUGGAUUUUCCAACUACACUGCUUUCUGCUAUUUGAUUGCUUCAAUGGGACUUCAAGUGUUGUGGAGUUUAGGACUCGCAUUUCUUGAUGUGUAUGCCAUAAAGAUAAAGAGAGACCUUCAUAACCCUGUCUUAGUCAGCCUUUUCGUUGUUGGGGAUUGGGUAACUGCUACACUGUCACUUGCAGCUGCAUGUUCAUCAGCAGGGGUUGCUGUUCUGUAUACAAAAGACAUGGGCUUUUGCAAGUCACUACCUCACCACCCAUGCAGCAGGUUCCAAAUCUCCAUAGCUCUGGGUUUCAUCACUUGGUUCCUCAUCUUUAUAUCAUCUCUUGUAACGUUUUGGCUCUUGGCAUCUGCUUGAACCCUUUUCUCGACACAUACAUCUGCGCCUGUUCUCUUCACACAAACACACACACUAAUAAUGCAUACUGCUCUCAUGUAAAAAUUUGGUGUACGUACCAUAACCUUGUUUUUAGUUGGUAACCAGAUGGUCUAUCACUUGGACUGUGUUGUUUUCCCUUGUAUUUUCUAGAAGCAGGAGCUUAUCCUGGUGCUCCACACUCUCAAAAAUCCUCUUAGGACCACCAUAAUUUUACUGAACAAUUCUCUUUUUCUUCAAGACUUUCUCAGCACUCACAUUCAUCAACAUUUUUCUUCUUCUUUUUCUUCAAAACUUCCUCAGCAUUUACAUUUUCAUCAGCAUUUUCCUCAACUGUUUUCUUCACUUUUUUUUUUUCUACAAAUCUCUCUCAGUACAGCGGCGUUUCAAAUGUCAACAGUUAAAGUAGUAGUAGUAGAAAGCGGAGAAGAAGACCAGUCAACUGCUGGUGCUGUUUGUGUGAAACCCGUUGUGCUGAGAGAUUCGAAGAUAAAAAAGAAGAAAAAUGUUGACGAAAAUGCUGAUGAAAGUGUAAGUGCUGAGGAAGUUUUGAAGACAAAUGUUGAGGAAAGCGAAAAUGCUGAGAAACUUGCUUGAAAAAAUAAUGGUGGUCCUAGGAAGAUUUUUGAAAGGGUAUGGAGCGACGAGGAUGAGCUCCUGCUUCUGAAAGGUGUUUUACCUACCAACUGCGUGAGACAAUUCAGCCGAUACUUGACUGGUCGAAAACUUCAAGUCAACAAUCGAUCUGUUAUCUGUGAUGAUCAGAAUUAUAAAUUUGUGGUUUAACUUA